AUGGAGGAGCAACUGGACGAAAUAAUCAGCGGGAUUAUGUGCACUGAUAGCAGUCGCAUUCGCGAGUGCACCGCCGCAUUGGAACAGGCGUUUGAAAAUCCACUAACCUUGUCAAGGCUCUGCCAGAUGCUGGUGUCACCUCGCGAGCCCCAAGUGCGCCAGUUGGCGGCAAUACUGAUAAAUCGGCGACUCAAGAAGCUGCACCACUGGCAGUUGUUGCCGCCCGAACACCAGGCAGCCGUCAAGAGCGGCAUGCUGCAGGCAUUGAUUGGGGAGCAGCACAAGACGGUGAGGAAUGCGAUUGGCCAGCUCAUUGGGACUCUGGUGCGUCACGAGGCGUCCAAGAACGACCUGUGGUUGGCCGACUUGCUGGCAAAUGUAAACCAACGUUGCAGCAUGGCCGAUCCAAAGGAGAGUGUGCUCGGAGCUCUUCUAUUUUCCACGCUGGCCGACGCCGCACCCGGUCUGUUUAACAACCAAAUGCCGGAGUCUUUUCAACUCUUCUCGUUUGUGCUGAUGUCAGCCCAGUCCUAUGGCAAUAUGGCCACACCCACUGUUGCCAAUAUGAUGGAGGGGAUCACCGCCCUAAUUCCAUUAGUUGGCGGCCACACAGCUGCAGAGCAGACGCUGGCCAACGUUGUACCCCUGAUGCUCUCGGCUCUGCAGACAUUUGCCCGAAUUGGUGCUGAGUCCGAAUUCUCCUCCGGCUUUGACAUCCUCGAUGCCAUGGUCGAGCAUGCACCAAAAUUGCUGAGUCCGCAUAUAAAGAGCGUCGUGCAUUUCUGCCUGGAGACGCUGGCCAGCAAGCAGCUCGAUGAUUCCAUUCGUGCGCAGGUGGUGAGCUUCGUAGGAUGCAUUGUCUGCGUGAAGAAGAAGUUGAUCGUCAAACAUAAACUUCUGCAACCCAUACUGGUCGUUGUCGUGGAGAUGAUUUGCACUGAAUCUGAAUCUGAAAGCGAUGAAGCGGAUGCACUGGAUAACUACUUCUCGGGUGCAGGCAACACUCCUGGUGCUUCGGCCACACAAGCCCUCGAACAAAUGUCUGUUCACAUAUCGUCCGAGAAGCUUCUUCACACACUAGUGCCCAUUAUCGAUCAGGCUUUGCUGAGCGGGGAUCCACUGUACCGUCGCGGCGGCUACAUGUGCCUGGCCCUCAUCUCGGAGGGGUGCUCGGAGGCCAUCAUGCGCAAUAAUCUGGAAACAAUGUUGAGCAUUAUCAUUAAGAGAGGCGUUGUCGAUAAAGAUCCUGGCGUACGUAGCGUAGCCUUCUUUGCCCUGGGUCAGUUCUCGGAGUAUAUGCAGCCGCAGAUAUCUGCAUUUGCAAUACAAAUUCUGCCGGUGCUCUUAGAUUUCCUGCAUAGUCUGGUGCUGGAGAAGGCGCUGGACCAAUCGGAGGGGCCCUGCUACAUGACGUAUGACCGAAUGUUUUAUGCUCUGGAGGUGUACUGCGAGAACCUCGAAGACAAAAUUGUGCCAUAUUUGCCAGUGCUGAUGGAGCGGUAG